CAACAUGGCCGCUCACAUACACUGAAACGUUUAACCAAUUUUUGAAGAGAAACUUCGAAAAUGCAGGUCUCAGAGCCUAACAAUGUGAAGAUAUAUAACUUGUCGGCUGGGAAGACUUUGCCAGAGUGGCUUUCAGAAAGAAAAAGGAGAACUUUACAGAAAAAUGACAUUGAUAUACGUAGAAGGAUUGAACUUAUUCAAGAAUUUGAAAUGCCAACUGCAUCCACUAAUAUACUUGUAUCAGCUGAUAAAGAAUAUGUCAUGGCAACUGGAGUUUACAAGCCAAGAGUAAGGUGUUAUGAGACCAGUCAAUUAUCUAUGAAAUUUGAAAGAUGCUUUGACUCUGAAGUUGUCAAAUUUUCAAUUUUAUCAGAAGAUUAUUCAAAGAUGGUGUUUUUGCAGGCAGAUAGAUUUUUAGAAUUUCAUGUACAGUAUGGGAGGUUAUAUAGAACAAGAAUACCAAAGUUUGGUCGAGAUUUAGCUUACCACUAUCCAUCAUGUGAUUUGUAUGUUGUUGGAGCUGGAUCCGAUAUCUACAGACUGAAUCUUGAGCAAGGGAAAUUUCUAAAUCCUCUAAAAACAGACGCUGUUGAAAUUAAUGUUUGUGAUUUUAAUCCUGUUCACCAACUUUUUGCUGCUGGUACAUCAGAGGGCCGUGUGGAAUGCUGGGAUCCAAGGUCAAGAAGUAGAGUGGGUGUUUUAGAUGUUGGACUUAGUGGAAUAUCACAGGAUAGGUCAAAUGUUGUCCCUUCUGUAACAACAUUGAAAUACAAUGGUGGACUGGCGAUGGGAAUUGGUACAGCAACUGGACAUGUAUUAUUAUAUGAUAUUCGUUCUACUAAACCGUUACUAAUAAAAGAUCAUCAAUAUGGACUUCCAAUCAAAAGUAUGGCAUUUCAGGACCAACUUGUGUUAUCAGUGGACUCAAAGAUUCUUAAAUUAUGGGAUAGAGAGACUGGCAAACCUUUUACAUCUAUUGAACCACAAACAAGUAUCAAUGAUUUGUGUCUGUUUCCUGACUCAGGUUUGUUGUUUAUGGCUACAGAGGCACCCAAGAUGUUUGUAUAUUAUAUUCCAGCUUUAGGUCCAGCACCAAGAUGGUGUUCCUUCUUAGACAACCUGACUGAAGAACUGGAAGAAGACCAACAACCAACUGUUUACGAUGACUACAAGUUCGUUACAAAAGAGGAAUUAGAAAAACUAGGGCUAACACAUCUGGUUGGCACAAACCUUUUACGAGCGUACAUGCAUGGAUAUUUCAUGGACAUCCGACUUUAUCAAAAGGCAAAGACGAUAGCAGAACCAUUUGCAUUUGAAGAAUAUCGAAAGAGGAAAAUUCUGGAAAAGAUAGAAGAAGAGCGUGAAAAUCGUGUCAGAAUUAAGAAAUUACCGCGAAUUAACAGAGCAUUGGCUGAAAAAUUAUUAGAAGAGAAGAAAGAGAAAAAGAAAGCAGCUAAGGUCAUCAGUAAGGCGUCUGAUGUCACUAAUCCACUGGGYGAUGAGCGCUUUGCUGCCAUGUUUAAAAACCCUGACUUCCAGGUUGAUGAAGAAAGUGAGGUAAGUAGAGACUGUGURAUAGAAUUAGAAGGCAGAGCAAGUUCUGAUGAGUCGAGCUCAGAUGAUGAACAUACUUGGAAAGAGGAACAGCGACGAGAACUCAAGAAACCCGUUAAAUCGGAACGAAAACCAAACAAACCUAAGUUUUACGAGGUGAAAGAACCUACAGAAUUUAAAUCCAUUGGUCCUACAAACGCAACAGCAACCAGCACAAAUAGAACAUCUCUUGGUGAACGUGUAAGAAGAGAAGACAAUAGGAUUAUACGGACCACUGGUUCGUCAGUGGGUGAAAUGGAAAUGACAUUUUCUCUUAAGAAGGGUGAGGAAGAGACGCAACAACAAAUACAACGUCGGGUUCACCGAGAGGAACGAAAAAAAGUUCGCCGGUCAGCAGGUUCUCUUAUGGCUGGAGAAAAGAAAAAGCCAGUUUAUUGGCGCGGAAAGAGAGUCAAAUAAUCCUACGGUCUCUAUCAAUCUAACAAUCGUAUUUUUUAAAGUAUUAGAUGAUUAAAUGGUUGGGCAGUGUGUGUAUGCCACCCACAUCAAUACGAUUUCAAAGUCAAAUCCACAGGCUCAGAAAGCGCAAACACAAAUUGUUAGCAGGAUCCAGGAAAAUUUAAUGUAUAUUUUUAAUUGAGGAUAUGUCUCUUAUCUCCUUUAAUCUCUUGCUGAUAACCAAUGAAGUGAACAAUUGAUGGGCGUUCUUSUAAAGGACAAGCCUGCGUGCAGUUAAAACAAAGCUGUUGUUAUGAUAAUUGUUAUUCAUUUUUGUGAAGCUAAKUUAUCACUUCGAGACUUGCUUUACUCGUUUGGUUACUCCCUUUCGGCUUUUGAUUCCAAAGUUAUGUUUUUUUCUCGUGUAUUCCCAACAAUCCUACGUGUUUGUAACAGAAACUAAUGGUUAAAAGGCAAUAUGUGUAGUUUAAUAAGAUUAAGGUGUGACUGGAGAAAAUCGGUGUUUUUUUUUCUUUUAAUUUUCUUAUACCAUCGUCGUUUAUUCUAUAAAACCUAUCAUAAUGCAGUACUCGGCUCGUCACUAUAAUCCAAAUAUUGUUGUAAUUUUAUUUCAAGAGAUUUGUUGUAUUAUAGUAMCCAUCAGUCUUUCACAGAUAAAGCRUUAUGAUUACCUACUGAACUAUGGUAGAGUUAUCAGAUAGACGCAUCAAUCAAGCGAAAACAGCCGAACAAAGGUCGAAAACAAGUGUUCUUUAUGGUCAGUUUUAUCAAGUUUGGUGGAUACUACAACAACUCCCGUACAAUCAUAUAAUUCAUAUGCMAAAUUCUUCACCAAUUUCUUUGAUCCGCCUUUUUUUUCUAUUAAUGGUCUUUUUAUAGAUCAUGACAAAUGGGAGUUGAUAAUCAGGGGCAUAGAGUAUAGGUGCAAGGCGAUUAGUAAAGUAACAUAAACURUAGUAGACUGAAAUCAUAUCACAGAUCAUCUUUGGUUUUGAAGCUAUCACACGACAAGAGAAUGACAAUAAAGAAAAGAAAUUGUUGA